CCCAGCCUGUCUGUCCUGUCCACUCACAGCAGCUGCAGUGUAGAGAGCGCUGUGUGCCUUAUGACUGCUGCUGCUGCAGCUCCACAUUCAAGGCUACAACUCCAGCCUAAUUAAAAACCUCCCUCAGAAAACUCCUCCUGCCCUCUCCACCACCGCAAUGAAGGAAUUUAUCCGAUUGUUCUGAAGUCUCUCUGCUCACAGAAAAUGUGGACUCGGCUGACUUUUUCCCCGCGUUGAGUGAAGACCAGGGAUCCGGACCUGUCGAGUCUCAGCGGCAACUCCUGCAGCAUCCUCCAUAAAAACAACAUCACCUUAACUCUUUUUUAUUCAUUUUUUUUUUGUAAAUCUCAGACGGGACAGCGGCUGACUGCAAGCUGAGUAAAUGGAUAAUAACGCUGCAAAUUCGGAGAAAUCUCAGCUGAUACACGAGAAGAGUGCGAAAAUGUAUUCUCUCAAACUACAAAGCUCCUUUCCAGAUUCCAAAGAGCAAUAUCCUGACUUCCCCUUUAAGAAUGGAGGCAUGGCCGGUGCCAUCGAGCUGAAGCGACCUGUCGGUGCCCACUGCCACGGUGCCAAAGCCGCAGCGUGUGAGGAGAGCGGGGACAAGCUGCUGGCCAAGAAGAAACUCUACAUCGCUUCAGCCGUCUGCCUCGUCUUCAUGAUUGGCGAGGUCAUAGGAGGUUACCUGGCCCACAGUCUGGCCAUCAUGACUGAUGCAGCCCACCUCCUGACAGAUUUUGGCAGCAUGAUGGUGAGCCUGUUCUCGCUGUGGAUCUCCUCCAGACAGCCCACUAAAACCAUGAACUUUGGUUGGCACAGAUCAGAGAUCCUCGGGGCAUUCAUCUCAGUCAUUUCCAUCUGGAUCGUUACGGGAGCUCUGGUCUAUUUAGCCAUAGAGAGGAUCGUACGCAACGACUAUGAGAUUGAUGGCCAUGUAAUGUUAGUCACCUCCGGGUGUGCCGUCAUCGUCAAUAUAGUCAUGGCCUACAUCCUCCAUCACUCCACCACCUUCCACGCCCACGGCAGUGGUUAUCACCAGAUUGACGAGGGUGGCCAGAGUCCCAUCGCUCACGGCCACUCCCACACGCUCCUUGGUGGCCAUGGCAACACGAGUGUCCGCGCGGCCUUCAUCCACGUGCUCGGAGACCUGCUGCAGAGCGUCGGCGUCAUGGUGGCUGCGACCAUCAUCUAUUUUCGGCCUGAGUAUAAAGUUGCAGAUCCCAUCUGUACGUUCCUGUUCUCUGUUUUUGUCCUCUGCACCACGGUCACCAUCCUUAGAGAUGUCUUUAGGAUACUCAUGGAAGGCUCUCCUAAAGGAAUAGAGUUUAACUCAGUGAAGGAGGUGCUGAUGUCUGUGAAGGCUGUGAAGUCUAUGCACAGUCUGCAUCUCUGGGCUCUGACUCUGGGCCAGGCGCUGGUCUCCGUUCACCUGGCCAUAGAGGAGGGUGCUGACGCUCAGUCUGUGCUGCAGGAAGCCACUGAUCUGCUCCACACCAAGUUUGGUUUCCACAGCAUCACCAUUCAGGUGGAGCUCUACUCUGAGGACAUGAGCCACUGCUCCCACUGCCAAGACCCCAGUGACUGAUACUGAUAGACUGGAACCCAACAGGAACAUGGAACAGCUCAGGCAUUAUUUUUCAUUCUCUGUGGGUGAGCUGGAACAGUGACAGCUGCAUUCACCGAUGCAGCUUCCUGUUAAAGGAGUAGAAAGAGUUUUUGGUAGAUUUGUUGUGUUCGCCAUUAAGUCACAAGACAGCGAAAUCAUCCAUGUGUUGGUAGUAGAGUGCUGAUGCUGGAGCUCCAUGCUAACAUGGAACUAAGUCCUUCCAUAAAGACCUUCAUUAAAAAAUAGGAGGGCUGUAGGGUACUCCAGUCCUCAAGUUUGCAUGGAGCUUUAACAAAAUACAAGGACAAUUUCACAAGAAUGAAAGAAAGCCCUGACGAAGACAGUUUGUCCUAAAAAAUAUGCAACAGAACCAUAAAACCUCCUCCACAAGAUUGUAUGACAGCACGAUUACUGCUUAUUGAUGGAAAAAUAAUCUAUAACAGCAAAAUUUGUUCACCAGACUUGCUAGCUCAUUGCUAGUUUACGGUAGUUGCAAAUAAGUUACGAACCUUUUUACAAAGUCAACUGAGAAAAAGCAUUUUCAUUGUGCUUGAAUGUGUUCAAGUUUGUCUGUGAAAGAGGUUCUAGGCAAUAAGUUGUCAUAAAGUUUACAUUAAUAUGAACAUGACCUGUACGAGCAGCAGGGAUCCAUCUUGACAAAAGUAGGAAUACGAGUUAGCAUGGGACGCAAGGACUCUUGGACGAUCGUAGGCCAUGAACACUAGCGCACGGUAUUACUUAUUCAAGAUUGUCUGUUUGAUGUCUAACCUUUAAAAAAUGAAAUAUUAAAAGUCAAUUUAAGAAAAGCGGCACAGUUUAUAUUUAUGCAACUACUUCAGGAGAAAACUAAUUUCCCUUCUCCACUCUCUCCCAGUGUGUGAUGCUUUAUGAAAUUAGCUGCUGCUGGUUGAAAACACUGCCUGAUUUUUAGUACUUCACGUAAAUUAAAGAAAACUGCCAGACACAGGGCUAUACAAGAACUUUACUACUUAUUUUCUACUGUAACAAAACCAAAACCUCCCUGAAGAUGUUACUUAUACACAAUAAUAAUGCAAAAUCCUAAUAUAUUAGCAUGGAGCAUACAAUCAGUGCUGGCUGUUAGCAUGGAGCACCUGAAGUCUUGUUCUACCAGAGACACAUGGAUGACUUUAAUGUCUAACGUUACCAAACAGCCCGUCUACCGGACACUCACUCUACAGCUCACUGCCAUCUUUGUUCCAUUAACCUGCUUUUCACUUAAGGUCAAACAUGCAUGAGUGCUGCUAGCUGGUCACGAUUGACAUUUUUCAAGGUUUUUUUUUUUGCCAAAAACUUUAUUUCUUGACAUAACUGAUAGAAGACUUCAUGGUUAUUUGUCAAUUUGUCUUUUAAGAAAGAAAAGCAUGAAUAAUACCUCUCUAAAAAUAUUAAUUGUGAACAUACUGUUGGUUGACGCCUUAGCAAAAUCACAGACUGAGGGUGUAAGAAAUUAAAUCUGAGGAUUGGUCAAUGUCUUGAUAAGGAAAUUAUGGUGAGGGUGAAGUAUAGGAUGAUUAACCAUCUAAAGUCACCUUUUAAUCCAUGAACAGUGCUAUUUUUGCUUCCAAGUGAAACUGACAAGGGGUUCCUGGUUCAAACCCAGGGUGGGGGGUUCGAACCCGGGUUGGGGGAACCCUUCUGUGCGGGGUUCUCGUGUUCUCUGUGUCCGCGUGGAUUUUCUCUGGGUACUCCAGCUUCCUCCCACAGUCCAGACAUGCAGGUCAGGUAAAUUGGUGACUCUAA